AUGCGAACAGGCAAAGGCGUUUCGGAGGGGCAGGCGUUUCACCGGCGUCUCCUGUCUGAGUACAACACUGAGAUCACCCUCGAAAAUUACGUCUCAUACUUUGAACUGAAGCCUAUUGCCAAGGCGGUGGAGCAGCUGCGACAAGAGAUUGAUGAGCGCAGGGGUUUGGCGGCGGCCGAGGCGGCGUCAGCCACACUCUCGUCCACACCGCAGAGGGGUGCCGCAGAGCCAUUAUCACAAACAGAGAGUGAACUGGAAUUGAUGGAAAUUAUAGAAAAGCGGCAUGCACUGGAAGAAAAAUUUUUUGAGGAGCUGAGAGCCUCCUUCGUGAAGGUAAAGAGGUAUUUGUGGCAGUUGGAGGAUAACCUCCUUGUACGUGUGCAUGAAUUGGAGAAGCUAACGGAGGAGGAGAUCCGCGCCCGCCCGGAUGAGUGUAUUGCCGAGUUGUACGUGAGUGUUCAGACCAUCCUGCGCUACCGUUCGCUUAAUCUUGCGGCGUUUCGCAAGAUCAUGAAAAAAUUUAUGGCCCGCUGCGCAUGCGAUAGCUUGGAGCUGCAGCAACGUCUGAGGGCUGUGGAUGAUACCAUUGCCAAAAGCGCCAUCGCACAACCACGACUUGAUAUCCGCCGCAUUGCAUUGGAUCUUAUUGCACUUUAUGGUACGGUGUAUCGUCUCACAUAUGAAGAGACUCUGACGAACUUAAGCCACUAUGAAUACAAGGCUGGGGUCAACAUCCGCCGUAUUUUACCACACAGUGAAACGUUUUUCUUUACCCUGAACUUUCCGCAUCAGGAGAGGCAAGGAAACUUCGCGGUGCGUAUUCUACCCGGGGACGCGAGCGUCUUUUGUGAAAAGAUGAUAUGUGAGGUGUUGCAGUGUGAGCGAUACCCGCCGUGUUGCAGUCAGUUUCCAAAUGGGGAGGUUAGUGUAAAUUUUGCUCGAACCCUGCGCGGAGAUGAUGUAUUCGUGCUUCAAUCUAUGGUGCGGUGCGAUCAAAUUGGUCUGUCGCUCUCUGGCAACCUCAUGGAGUUGGCUUUGAUGCUGCAUACGGCAAAGUUAAGUUCUGCCGCUCGGGUAACAGCAGUCAUUCCUUACCUCGCCUACGCUAACAGUGUCUCUUCCAUGGCUCUUGUGGCCGAGCUGCUUGAAAAGAUGGGCUGUCAACACGUGAUUACAGUUGAUAUGUUUAAUGAGCAGACGGAAGGGAUGUUCUCCGUACCACUGGAAAAUAUAUCGGCCAGGUACGAGUUUGUUCGUUUCAUUGUCACCCAGCUGACAAAUGAGGGUCAUGAUUUCCGCAACAUAUCGGUUGUGGCCCCCACAGGCAACGCCGUCAACCGCGCAAAGGUUUUUGCAGAUGCCUUAAUGAACUACAAGAAGUUAUCCAGUGAGGAGAAGUUUGUCCCUGUUUGCACGGUAGUCUAUCGUCAUCCGUGUCCGGGACCACCUCUACCCACAAACAUGUUGCCUAGACCCCGUGAGUCCUGUGAACCUGCAGCAGCAGCGCCUCUGGAGUUUGGCUCUUCUACCUAUGCUGAACUCGAUCAGGUCUCCGAUCGAGGAGUGGCGGCCCGCACAAGCCGCGCACCGCUGGAGGCCAUGCAGGCAGCUCCCACCUCCGUCCAUUCGACUGGCGAGUUGUCUGGCGCUACGAACAUCAAGCAACAGCAACAGCAACCACAAGCAGGAACGGUGUCAAAUGCGCCAUCUCCAGCUGAUGGAGGAAGUCCAUUUAGUUCUACGAACGGCAUUUAUGCCUACGAGCAGGCGCUGCGGCAGCAGCAGGAAGGCACAGGGGCCAUUCGCGAAAGGCACCUGGAGAACCCCGCCCAAACCGAGGGUGUGGCACUCGUGGGUGACGUCAGGGAUCGCCUUUGCAUCAUUGUUGACACCAUCAUUGAUGAGGCGAUUAAAAUCUGCCGCACAGCCUGGAAGCUGCAUGAGGCAGGGGCAAGUCGCAUUAUCGUCAUGGCGACGCACUUCAUUCUCUCCGCUGGGGCUGAGGAGCGGAUCAUCAACAGCCCCAUUGACCUCGUUGUUGUUACCGACAGCGUGAACCAGGACGCCGCGCUCAAGAACCCCCUACUCGCACGAAAACUUCGGCUACUGCCCAUUGCCCCGCUGCUUGCCCGCGCUAUUGAGAAGAUGCAUACGGAAAACACGCUCAGGACAUUCUUCGAGAAGUAG